AUGGACUCGUUCGGUAGCUUUGAUCAGAUUGAAGGAUCGGACGCGAUUCCGCGCUACGAUCAAAUGGGUCGAUUGCUUUCGCCAGACGAACGCGAACAAAUUGCUCGUAGGAAAGGUUUGUGCAUGCGCUGUGGAAUGAAAACGCAUCAGGGUGCCUUCAAACGUCCCUUGACGGACGAUAACUGUUACAAAGGAACCUGCAUUCGUUGCAACCCCAAUGCCGUCCCUAAACGUGUGUUGGAGUCAUGGAAUCUCAAAAAUCGACCGGCCAAUGUGCAGUUGGUGAGUGGAGCGGCACAGGCCAAUGCUGUGGCUUCUGGCAUUACUCUGCAUGGGAAACAUCUUUUGAAAAAAGCCACACGCUCAGUUAUGGCUGCGGGGCGAGCUACCAAUAAAAAUGGACGAGUGAUUCCUACAGGACCUUCGACAACAAUCGCAUUCACGAGUGAACAUUCAACAUCUUCCAACUUGAAAACGGGUUCUGGUACGAGUUCAGAAGCGCAGUCUUCACAGACUCCAUUACCCCAAAAAUCAGCGCCUCUGCUACAUGCUCAAGAUCUGCAUCAACCCUGGAUCGAAGGAAAAAGGCCAUCAGCCCAUAUACCCAGCCUGCACUCGGAAUCAAGCAGUAUGCGCCAAACGUCGACAUCGACUAUUGGAAAACUCAGUCCGACUGUUUCCGACCGAUCCUUGUACAGUGCAGAGUCAUUUGCAAGUUCCGCCAGUCACGUGUCAACUAAAUGUGCUGCUUCUGGAUGCGGAAUUGGCACUAACAAUGGUAAUUGUGGCCGCGAACCAAGUGUGGGUGCCGACCAAAAUGCGAACGAUGAUUUGAUGGCAUCGGAGUACCGUCAAAAGCCUGCCAAAUCGGCUGGUCUUUCCAAUAGCGUACGAUUGAAUUCGUCGCGUAAUGAUCUAGAUCUAAGCUCUCCUUCCAACAUCCGUUCUAAGUAUCUCUCAAACAGAUCACACAGCAAGAUGAUAGAAGACGACUGGACCGGGGGUUCUCAGGAAAUGACUCAUCAUACAAUCAUCGAAACUUUGAGAGCGGCCCGAGCUGAUCCAGUAAAACUCCGUCAAGCUCUACACGUGUUGCGAAAUGGCCUCGAAGUGGAUUUGGACGGAAGCUUAAUUAUUAUUGCAAGAGAUAUUUUGUCCCAGUAUGUUUUUGAUCCAAGCAUUGCCGAUGCCGCGUGUGGGGCUGUCUGGAGAAUUACCACUCUGGAGGAUUCGCUUAAAUCCCUGGCGAUCGAAUCAGGAAUCGUUGGACUCCUAGUCGAUGCCCUGAAAGCGCAUCAUGAGGAUGCAACACUUUGUGAAUGGGCACUCGGUGCGUUAACAACGCUUGCGUGUAGUCCCUUCACGAAAAGCGACUUGGCGAAGACUGGAGUGAUUGAAGCUGUUUUGGAAUUGCUCGACUUUCAUCAAAAUUCGGCCGGAAUCUUGGAAUGGACAUCCCGGUGCUUGCACAACCUCGUACAUCAAUACGUGGUACUUGAUGUUGAAGCUGCCGAGGAGGAAAUGCAAGCGCAAAUCAAAAAGAAUAUUUCCAGCAUCAUUGAAGCCAACGGCGUUUCUACGCUCCUUAACGCAAUGAAGCUUCAUGCUACCGAGCCAAUUGCGCUGCUAUGGGCGACAAAGCUCAUGUGGCGUCUUUUCGGUCGUAAGGAAGAAAGUUCCACUGUGCGAGUCUUAUUUCAAUUGCGUCAGGACGGAUUCGUUCCUCUCUCCACAAAGCUGCUACGACAGCAGUCUACGAGCAGUGAACUUUUCCAACUUAUAUCUCGAUUAGUCUGUAUGUUGUUGUUGAAGAUGGAUGAUGGAGCGUUGUAUGAAACUGCCUCGGUUGCCAUGCCGUCUAUUGUUCGUCAAAUGGAAGAGUUCAAAGACGACGAAACGUUGCAAGAGGCCGGAUGUCGACUGCUUUGCGCUCUCAGCACCGGUGGCGAAUCAGUACAAGAAAAUUUAAAGGAAGCGGAUGGAAUCUUGGCAAUUGUGAAGACUAUGGAGCGUCUUCCUGAAAAUUUGAUGCUAUUGACAAGAGCUGGCUGGUGCUUAUGGCGGCUAUCCGCCAAUCCCUCGCUGUUUGAUUCAGGCCUUGUGGAGAAAUCCUUACAAGCAUUGAGCAGUGCUAUGGACAGCCACAGGGACUCUGUCGAUCUAUUGGUGUCGACGUGUGGAUUCUCGAGAAAUAGUACCAUGGUAGAUGGCGUGUCGCCUACUGCUUAUCCUUUAGAUGUUAUUUUUCGGUGGUUGACAACGGAGGGGCAAGCAAGCCAUUAUAAAGUACAGGCAUCACAAGCUUUGCAUACUUUAUCGAGAAAAUACAACGAUUUCUUGCAUCUGCUCAACGAAAGCGUCGGUAUCCCAAGGAUGAUUGCAUCUCUUCGCGAUCCACAAUCUUGUUGCCGUAUUGAUAUUUGCUGCAUUCUGACAGUCCUGGCCAGAAAUUCAGAAGACUCACGCCAAAUGCUCGCAUCUGCUGAUGUUGUCCAGACAGCUUUAGCAGAGCUCGCCGAAACAAAUGAUCUCAACUGGAAGGCUUGUCUCCUGCGACUCGUUUCUACAAUUUUGGUGUCAGAAUGUGCCCUACAGAUUGACGUUCCUAUACAUGCUAUUCAAACAGCAAUUGGUGGAGUGGAAGGGAGCACAUUUGAUCCUUCCUUAAGCGAGUUAGCGUGCAUAUGUGUUCGCAACCUGCUUUUGACACCUAAUUCACGCGUUGGUGUCGAAGGGUUGGUGAAAGCUAUGACAGACACUAUUGAUACAUGUGCCGUCUCCGACAGCCUCUGUAUAGAGGCGUGCUAUGUAAUUUGGGCCCUGACCUCAAAGUACUCCGAUCGGAAUCCAUCCGAAUUGUCUGCUAUGAUGACGUCUUUAAUUGGACUUAUGGGUAAGUUUAUGGAACCGCUUAAUCUUGAGAUCCAGUCCGCUGCAGCUGGCACUCUAGCUAGUGUACUCGCAUCUAUAGUACGCUCUCCUAUCCCUUUGAAGGUUCAAGAUGUUGAAGUGGUCAUAUCGGUCAUUUAUAAGAUCAUCGAUACUAAGCCCGGAGCAUCCGAAGCAAUUGAACAUCUACUCGCCGUUUUGUGGAAUUGCUGCCUUGUGGACGAGAAUACUCUCGUUCAAGGUGGUGUAGUUGUCGCAGUUAUCGAUACUAUGGUCGACAACGAAAGCAAUUUGCAAAUUCAGGAGCGUGGUUGCACAAUCCUCGCAUUGCUUGCAUCUGCGGAGAAUUUGGAGGUAAACUUUAGCAUCGCUGAAACCAAUGGUGUCGAGCUGCUGGUUAGUGCGCUUGCCGUAUUCGGGGACAACGUAAAUGUCACGUUGCAGGCUUGUAAAUGCUUCUCAUAUUUGAGUAUCGAUCCAGAGCUACGUGUGAUGAUCGUGGCCCAAGGAGGUCUCCGUCUGGUUGUUGUUGCGAUAACGUCGAAUCCAGAUAAUGCCGAACUAGUGGGUUUCGCUUGCUCUACCCUCUUAAAUUUGACCUUUGACGCUGAAGUAUCUGCAUACAUUGGAUCGGGGAUCGUGGACGCAAUUGUACAGACUAUGACUGGUCACUUAAAGUCAGCGCUUUUACAAGAAACAGGAUUGGGAAUUUUACAAAAUAUAUCUAUGCGCGGUCCGGAUGAGAAGGCACGCAUUGCUGAAGCUGGAGGAGUCGAAGCUGUCGUUUCAGUACUUAGGGAACAUAUUCGGUUACCGUCCGUUGUUGAACGUGGGCUUGCAACGUUGUGGAGUUUGGCAGUUCUUGACGAAAAUCAGAUACGAGUUGCGAAUGCUGACGGCAUCAAUCUUGUGGUCAACUGCAUGAUGGCCCUGAUCGAAUAUGAACGAGUGCAAAAGCAAGGCUGCGGGUGUCUAUGCGCACUGGCAGGUGAUUCAACCAGUAAAGUUUUGCUUCGCAAUGCCGGUGGAUUGGAUGCAAUAGUUUUUGCCAUGUGGGCUCAUUUCAACAAAAGUGGAGUUCAAAAAGAAGGAUGCAGAGCAAUAUCAAAUCUUGUACAUGAUCCCGGAACGAAUGAGAUAAUGCUAGUAUCAGAGACUGAGGUUGGGGCGAUACUAUCUGCUAUGAGAAGAUUUCCUUCAGUGGCCGAUUUGCAGAUGCAUGCUUGCUACUCUCUUCGAAACCUUACACUAUCUGUGGACAAUGUAGCUGUCGUACUUGGAAGUGCGGACGACAUCCGCGAGCUCGUAGCCAAGGUUUCCUUACGAAACCCCGAAUGCAGUCCAAUCGUCAACCAAAUACUUUCUCAUUUUGGAUAAAAGGUUGUCGCUAGUAAAAAGAAAAGACUCAAGUGUAGACUAAACGCGCCCGUUUGCUCUUACGUUGUCUUCAGUGGAAAAACGUCACCUAAUUGGGUCACUUGCGGCGCGUAGGGAUGUACCUUUCUUUCUCCGGUUGGAGAGCCUUCACGACUGGUAGGUGGGGUGACAAUGCUCUUCUUGCUAUGUGCACCAGUGUUGACUGUUUUGUCCCAAUGAUCAAGAAGUUGUGGGCACUUUGGAGACACUAUCUCUUUUGAGCACGACGUGUCGCGUUCCAAUCCUUUCCUGGUUCGCUUACGGAGGAAUCCUGUGUAUUUUCUCUGGAUCGAAAUGAACAGAAUUGAUAUAAAACUAAUCAUGCACAGUGUUCCGAUCAUAAAGUCAAUGAUUGUGCGGUUUUGG